AUGCCCGUCUUCACUGAGCAUUCCGCUGCUUCGCGGGAGCUACGGGUUCUUCCUUCAUUUGCUCCACCAUUGCCACGCCUCACACCACCACUAUCACCAGCAUCAACGGAAAAAUAUGAAGUGGUCAUUGUGGGAGCAGGCCCUGCGGGAUUGAUGCUAAAUCUACUGCUGGCUCGUUAUGGACUAAGCGACGACUCCCUGCUCUGUGUAGAUUCUAAAUCCACAACUUUGAAAUCGGGACAAGCGGACGGACUUCAACCUCGAACACUGGAGACAUUGAAGUCUCUAGGCCUGGCAGAUGAAAUCCUCACCGAAGGAUGUCAGAUGUGGCAGGUCGCAUUUUGGAAUCCAUCCGAAGAUAAAGACAAAAUCAUUGAGCGCACAUCUAUCGUGCCAGAUGUCGCUGUUCCAGCACGGUAUCCACAUGAAGUUACCAUCCACCAAGGACGCAUCGAGCGUAUCCUAGAGACAGACCUACUCCGCUAUUCCAAGCGAGGUGUCCAGCGCAACACCAAGCUAAUCGAAGUCACAAUCGACGAAGAUGGCGACGCAGACUUUCCUGUCCUAGCAGAAAUUGAAACAGAAGGCCAAAGACGCACAGUCCGAACAAAGCACCUGGUCGGCGCAGACGGAGCGCACUCAGUAGUCCGACGCAGCAUGGGACUAAAGUUAGAAGGCGAAUCAAGUGAUCACAUCUGGGGCGUCGUGGAUUUAGUCGUUGAUACCAAUUUCCCCGAUAUCAGACGACGAUGCGCGAUCCACUCGCCGGCGGGAUCGGUCAUGGUCAUCCCGCGUGAGCGUAUUGCUACUGGAGACUAUCUGACACGGUUGUAUGUUCAAGUUCCUGGAGAUGUCGUUCCCGACAGUGACCAGCAGCCGGAACACGGCACUGGUACACUGCCAGUUGCGGAUGCACGGGCGCGUCGAAGUCAGGUUACUGAGCAGGCUAUUUUUGAGAAUGCAGCUGCUGCUUUUAAGCCGUAUUAUAUUCGGCCUAAGAAGGAUGGGGCUGUUGACUGGUGGGCUGCUUAUCAGAUUGGGCAGCGGGUUACGGAUAACUUUUCUGUUAAGGAUAGUCAGGGUGUGAACCGGGUUUUCAUAGUUGGAGAUGCCUGUCAUACCCACAGCCCGAAGGCCGGCCAAGGAAUGAACGUGUCAAUGAUGGACUCAUACAACCUAGCCUGGAAGCUUGCCUAUUCUAUCAAUGGACUCACGCCUCCCCUUUCUAGCGGGCAAGCAGAUCCAAUCCUGGAUACAUAUCACCAGGAGAGACACACAAUCGCGCAUCAGCUGAUUGAAUUUGACAAAGCAUUCUCAUCAAUGUUCUCAGGCAAGAUUGGCGCUGAAGAUGGCGGGCUCACUCACGACGAAUUCCUCGAGGUGUUCAGUCGUGGCAAUGGAUUUACCAGUGGAUGCGGUGUCGAAUAUCCCGAGAAUUUGACGGUCAAUCGAAAACUUGGCGGAGCUCAAAAUCCCAUUACAGGUACAGAUUAUCUAUCUGGUAUUCUCCAGCCGGGACGGAGAUUAUUGAAUGUGCGCUUGGUGCGGCAUGCAGAUGGAUAUCGCCGUGACUUGCAAGAUGAUUUCACCUCGAUUGGACGUUUCCGCAUUCUAUGCCUUACCUCAUCGGACCUGUUAGAUCCCAAGGGCGUCUCCGCAAAGGCGCUUGCUGGUCUGAGUGGUACUAUCUCACGAUUCCCAGAGUCUGUCGUGGAGCAAGUUGUGAUCCACCCUCGUUUGUCGAGAGAUUUCGUGUGGAACGACAUUCCUCGGGAGGUGAAGGAACACUCCGAGAUGGCGUUCUAUAGUGGGUAUGAGAUGGAUGAUGUUUAUGGCAUUUAUGGUGUUGGUUCUGCUACUGGUGCAGUGGCGGUUGUUCGGCCUGAUGGAUAUAUCGGGACUAUUGUGUCCUUGAGUGACGUACAAAGGGUGCAAGACUAUUUGGAGACACUGGUCAGGACUGUCUAG